AGAGGGUCCCAUUUGCUAGACAGUUUACAACAGUCAGGCAAACAGCAAAACUUUACAGUCACAUGAGUUAAAGGGCUUAUUCAACUGAAGGUGUCAAGUGAGACAAAGUUGUAAAGGAAUCGUGAAUCACUAUGAAGCUUAGUGUUGCCUUGUUUUUUGCAGGCUUUUUUGGUGCAGUUGGGGCAGUGUUUUUUCUUUUGGCCUUCGGUACGGAUUAUUGGCUGUUGGCUUCGGAAACAUGUUCAGCUGCUGGGAAAAGAAACGAUACUCCCAAUACUGAACCCACUGAGCGUGGUGAUGGAAUGAUUUCUUCAAAAGAAUUUCAUACAACCUUCCACCAUGAGGGAUUUUUCUGGAGAUGUAAAUUCAGUGGGAUGUUUUCCGAAGACGAUAUAUGGAAGUUCUGGUUUACUAACCAGCCAUCAAGCAAGGUGUGUAUGCAUGCCUACCUAAUGCCAUUCCCAGUGUCACAGCAGACUCACAAUGCCACUUCUUAUGAAAAUGCAAUAAUUUAUCGUGGAUUCUGGAGUGUCUUCAUGCUCAUUGGUGUGACAUCCAUAGUGUUAGCAGGCUUCUUUAUCAUCUGCGGAGCUCCCUUUUCUAGUCAUAAAUUGUAUAAGGCUGGAGGUGGACUUUUCCUAGCUGCUGGUAUCUUCUUCGCCACAGUGGUUGUCAUGUAUGUCAUCUGGGUUCAGGUACUGGAUGGUCUUACUGUGUACAUCAAACACCAGAAAGAAUCAUUAUGCGAAGAUUUCCAAAUUAUCGUCAGAUAUGGAUGGUCCUUCAUGGUCGCACCCAUAGGAAUAUUCUUCUCUUUGUUGGCUGGAUUGCUUUUUCUUUUAAUAGGUCGUACGGUUCAACUUCAUAGCACUUAAGUCAGGUUGUUUCGAGAACUUUGAACAGGUAAACCACAGGGAUUUUUUUGUUACUUAAUAUAAUGCAACAUGAUGAAUGCACAAUGGUUUUAUCAGACCACUAUUUCAUAUAAUAUAUAAUAUUCCUUCAGUUGUUUUAGCAUCUAUUAAUAAUACCUGUAUUAAAUUAUCUUCACAUUAAUUAAUAUUUCAUUAUCUUGGUAAAGUGCCAUUAAAUGUAUUAAGUGAAAAUUACAGCAUGCAAUGUUGUGCACUUGAAUUUAAACAUGUAACCAUGAUAAAUAUGUAUCAUUACUCCUUUCAUGUUUUUAUUACACUAAUAUAACAAUUAAAAUUGUUGAUUUUUAAAUGUAUAUUUAAAGGCUCAUCAUCACUUCCCUUGUUAUUUCAGUAUAGCAGAUUUGAUUACUUUUUUGCUCUUUGUAUUAUUUUUCAACUAAUUUCAACUUAUCAUUAUACAGGACUCCUCUCUAAAGCCAAGCAUGGAGCACUUAUAUACAUUUACAGAUAUAAACUGGUAGCAAAAUAGUGCAAGACCAUGCACUAUUUACAUACAGAAGCUAUUGCCUAUUGGCAUUAGAGGAAAGGUAAAAGUUAAAACUCUAGUUUACAAAAAGAAACUUGCUGGGCUCUACACAUCUUUGGAAUAAACAAAGAUAAAACAAUACUGACCAAGACUCUACAUACUGCAGGGCAUCCUGAAGUGUUAUUCAGCACACGCUAAUUCUUAUAAAUAUGGCGUUACUACACAAGUUUCUCUGAGGCUAUUGAUGCCAAAAUGUCUCAGUCACUCUGACCUUUCUGUGCAAAAGGGUUAAAGGUUAAAAGGGUUUUUAGUUUUUGUACAUUAAAUAUUUGACCUUUGAUGAAUGUAGAGAAAAGCCAAGCAAAAUUACCCCUUUUAUUGGCUAACUAAAAAGAUUACAAUAUGCAAGCUUUCGAGGCAACUCAGGCCCCUUCUUCAGGCACGAUGUAAUGGUUUGAUAAUAAAAGCCAAUAAAAGGUGUAAUUUUGCUUGGCUUUUCUCUACAUUCAUAAUGGCUAACACGGUACAACACCCUAGUACUACCUUUGAUGAAUUAAAACUAGCAUAAAGGACUUUGAGAGACAGAACUAAUGUCACUGUAUGCUCUUAUUUGUGCAGCAUUGAACUGCCAACAAAAAUGCCAUCUCUUACAUUUUUACAAGUCUAAAUUAUUAAAAAGCAAAUUGCUCAUACUGGAAGGAAAUCUACCAUCCCAGUGUGGAAAGCAUUAAUAAUGCCUUGGCCAGUGCCCAUGGUAUUUUUUGCUAAAUUUGAAAAGAAGCACACUUGUAUUUAAUGUACCACACUCUCUCUUACCCACACACACACACACUCGCACACACUUGCAAAAAAUUCAUUGUAACAUAACAGGAUUAACUGUCAAUGUAAAUGAAAACUUACUUUCUUUAUAAUCAACCAAUCAUAAUUUCGCUUCUCUUCCACCUUCCGAAAAACAGUAGAUUUGGUUAAUUUGCUCUGCAUGGUUGUGUGAGAAGGCCCUGCAAUGCACUGGAGCCGUGUCUAGGUUGGUUCUUGCCUUGCACUUAGUGCUGCUGAACUAGACUCUGGUACCCCUAUACUGGACUGAAUGCAUUUGAAAAGUCUAUGGGUUGGAAUGUGGAAAUAACUUUAAUUUAUAUAAUGAUUUUUCUAUGCUCAGUGUAUUUAUUAAUAGGUACCUGUGCUAACUAUCCUUCCAUUUUCUGAACUCGCUCGAGUAUUUUGUGGAGCUCAAGCCCAGAAAGCAAGUGUGGAAUGCAGGGCACACUCCUAAAGACACUCAGCCCUGAUGAAUUCAGCAUCGCCAAUUAGUGUGAUAUGCACUUCUUUUGGAUGUGGGAGGAAAGUGGGCUGACCUGAGAAAAUCCCUGCAGAGAGAAAGAACAUUUAAUCUCCACACAAAUGUCGGACUUUAUUUCUAAUCCUGAUCACUUGGACUAUGAUACAGCAGAGAAAUACCAUACUACCAUCAUUAAUAUUUAGUAUAUUUAUUUAAUUUAUUGAUUAAAGUAUUUGAUUCUGAAAAUAAACCAGGCAGUGAACUUUGUGUGCUGUGGGCCUUAAAUAGUUAAAGUGCAUAAACAUAUUUUAUAAUUCAGCUUAACAAUAUUUGUGCUUUCAGGCUAGAACAUUUUAUAUGUAUCUGCAUGUGGUUACUCCAAAUAUUGCAGCAUGGUGGUAUACUAUGACAAUUAAUGUUGCCUCCUGCCAUUUUCUUUUUGUCUGCAUGGGUUUUUCUAGCAUCUCUGCUUUCCUCCCACAACUCAAAGACGUUUUGCUGGCUAAUUUUAUGACUUUAAAUUAGAAUGAGUGAAAAUGAAUGCAGGCAUAAAUGUGCACUGCAGUGAGGAGAUAUUUAGUGCCUUGUGCUCAAAACUGUCAGGAUUGGCUCUCUAUAAUCAUGAAAUGUGAUUUCAGAAAAUAAAUGAAUCAGUGCAAUGAAUGCAAGACAGAAAUGCCAUACACAAAAACAUAUUUAUUUUGGUGUUAAAAUAUGAGUAUUAGAGAUAAAAUAAUGUGAAAAUAAAGUGAGCAUAUGCCAAAAAUUAUGGUACAAGGAGAAACAACUAUUUGUAGAGGUAAAUUGUAUUGUGUUUAUUAAGGAGUUGUCAUCUUCAAUUUGUUAUUUCCAUAUUGCUUCUGUUUAUUUACUUUUGCAGAUUAAUAAAAAUGUUUUAUCACUAUAUAAACUGCUAUUUGACUUGUUUGAAAAAUUACUGCAGCAUUACUUGGAGAAGGCUGAUGUUUAAUACAUUUCUGGGAUGUAAAAAUGUUUUUAAAUGAAAAAAUAAAGACUAAUGCUUAUGGCUACAG